AAUUUUCAAGCAAAAUUCGACAGAGAAAAAAGUGGCAAAAAUGAACUUUUUUGUGAUUGGCUUUCUGAUCAUGCAGGCGGCAAGAUUGGCUUGCGGGACGUGUGUUUUAUCGUCCGAUUUCGGUUUCAUUCUCGAUUGUAACUUCAAAAAGUCUGGACUGUUUCGUGUACGAAAUUUGGGUGGCCUUAAGGCCCAUUUCGGUUUAGGUUUCAGUCUGGGGGACGAGCUGGGCUUUCCGGAAUCGCUGGGCAACACGGAGAGUGACCGCCGACGGGCCAUUAGCUACAAAAACGGAGCACCUCCCGACUUGGUGGGCGUACUUCCAUCCAACCAGCAACAGGUCAAUCCACCCGUGCAACAUCCAUUGCCAGAGAAACGGAUAAGUUCACGGUCCACCGGAGCAGCGCCGUACAACCUGCAGCAAGUGCAACAGCAGCAGCAACUUCAACUCCAGCAGCAGAAACUGCAGCAACAGCAGUUGCAGCAGCAGUUAAAGCUGAAGCAGCUGCUGCUUUUGCAACAACAACAGCAACAGCAGCAACAGCUAAUGACCGAGGCUCGUCCAUUGCCAUUGGGUGUUCCUGCCUUCCGACCCAUUCCCCAGAAGCAACUGGCCGCCACACAGCCCUCUGCUCCGAGUUCGACGCCUGCGGAGAGACGGGUAGCAGUGGACACCCCGGAGCCCCGGGUCAGUGUCAACAACAAGCUAGUAAGCUCCAUAGAUCAGCCGCACUCGAAUCGCACAUUUCACGUGGCCAACCCGGUGGUGUCCCAACCAGUGGCCGUGCCGGUGUUCCAAGCGAUGCCCCAAUCCAUCGCCAGGAUCGCCAAUGUUGGUAAGGAGCACCGAACGGUGUCCAGUCACCCGAAUUACCUUCAGUUCGAGGAGCCCAAGUUCGACCUGAAGGAUGUUACCGUUGAGGAACUGGCCGCCGCUGCUAACGUAACAGUGGACACCAUCAAGCACGCCAUUUACGUCCGGGAGCAGCAGCUAAAGGCCGAACACCGGGCCCAGUUGGCGGCCAAGCUGAGGGAAGAAUUUAUGCGCACCUCCACUGUAAGGACUACGACUACGACGACCACAACGACAACCACUACACCGCGCCCACAAAAGUCGCUGGCGGAGCACAAGGUGUCCAAGGUAAUGAAUGCCCCCAAGGAGUACUAUCCCGUGGGCUACGAUAAGAACUUUGACGACAACUUCAAAUCCAAGGUGGACCUGCCACCUACGAGCUUCUCCUGCGCUAAACAAAAACACUUUCCAGGUCUCUAUGCUGACACCGAUCUUGGCUGCAUGGUAUUCCACGUAUGCGCCCUAACCGAUGACGGCAUGGUCCGGAAGUCGUUCCUUUGCCCGGAGAACACACUCUUCGACCAGACGAUCCUAAAGUGCAACUGGUGGUUCUACGUGGACUGCAGCUCUAGCACCAGCGUCUACGACUCCAACAUUCCCAUCUCAAAGAGCUAUCAGCUGAUGAAGUCGCUCACCUAUUUCUCCAAGUACGCUGGCGGCCAGAGGCACGAGCAGGAUGGAGACAAGGACGAGAAUGCGCUGGACAUCGAUUCGCUGCGGGAGUCGAUGGAGGGCGUGGCACGGCGCCAGGAGCAGGCCAAGAAGGCGGAGCUGAGGGAGGAGGAGCAGCGCAGCCUGCCCAAGGAGGACCAUGAGCACGUGGUGCCCGCGGAGGCAGAGCAGCAGCUAUCCAACUAGGCUUCACUAGGCCCAUCCCAACGCUAUCUGAGAUCUAGGUUAAGAGUUCACGAUCGAGCGUCUCUGGUCGACUAGCCGUACGUAGUCAAGUCCUUUGCUGAAGUCAACGGUUUUCACACUCAUCACUGAGAAAAACUAUUCCCGUAACUGAUUAACAAUUCGGAUCAUAUGUAUACCGAUUCAAGGACGCCUACUUGGGCGCUUC